GCGGGCCGUAGCUGCUGGGGUGGGAGGGGGGGUGGGGGGGGCGCUUCUUGUUUAGCUUGAGAACUGCAGAGAGCUACGGUUCCGCCAAGGGGAAUUAGAAGGUGGAGGCGACCUACUUCCUAAAGCCAAAUAAGAGAAGAGCCUAGACACAAGCCAGAACGUCACCACCAUGAGUUCAGCACCUCCUCAUGAACACCAUGCUAAAACUCCACACUUACCACCAGACAAACAGAGAAACCAUGUGGAAUACUUCCCUGAUGAUGUCAGUAAACAAGCCACGCAACUUUCUUUGCAGAGCCUGUUGUUUUGUCCCAAAUCAAAGGUCCACAUCCACAGAGGAGAGAUCUCAAAGAUCAUCCGUGAGUGUAAAGAAGAGAGUUUCUGGAAGAGAGCUCUCCCUUUCUCCUUGGUAGGAAUGCUUAUUACCCAAGGACUUGUCCACAAAGGUUAUUUAGCAUCGAAUCCAAGAUUUGGAUCAUUGCCGAAACUGGCACUUGCUGGUAUCUUGGGCUUUGGCUUAGGAAAGGUAUCAUACAUAGGAGCAUGCCAGAAUAAAUUUCACACCAUAGAAUUCGAACUCCGUGGGGCAGGUUUUGGUCCAGGCCAUAACAGGCACUGCCUUAACACCUGCGAAGACUGCAAAAUAAAGCAUGAAUUGAGUCAGAAGAGUGGUUCACAGGCCUCUGCUUCUUAAACUGGUACCUGUGCCUUUAAAGCCUUCCCAGGCACCUGCAUUUGUAUGUAUCCCAUGGUUCCUUUGCACCUUCACAUAACACGGACUGGAAUGAAAUGUAUGCUCCUCUGCAUUUGUCAACACUCAUGUCUUAUACGCUUAACAAUGAUAUUACAUCUUAACAUAAUGAGAUUCUUACCUGAAGUACCUUAAGCUUUUCAUCUGAGUGUUAAUGGUUUUUCUGCUAUUUAAAAGCAUGUUGGGGGGUCGGCUAGGUGGUGCAGUGGAUAAGCACCAGCCCUGGAUUCAGGAGUACCUGAGUUCAAAUCUGGCCUCAAACACUUGACACUUACUAGCUGUGUGACCCUGGGCAAGUCACUUAACCCCCAUUGCCCUGCAAAAAACAAAAAAACAAAAAACAAAAACAAAAGCAUGUUGGGCCAGAAUUUACUGAAAUAAGCUCUUCCCAAACUUUCCUUGAGUAACAUCAUCUGAUGUUACAUCUGUCUGUCUCCAGUGCUCAUGUAUUCUGAUGAAAUGGGGAAGAACAUGGGCUAUGAUUUCCUAAAUGAAUGUAUUGGGGUAGAUAAUAAGGCAGUAAAAGGAAAAGGGCAGGAGGUACCUUCUGAAACUUGAGAGCCUGAAUUUUUUAUUUAAACCAAUGGGUGUGCUCUGUCUGAUAAUUACAGUCUGAAUACAUUGCACUCUGGCCUCUUUAGAUAAUUUUAUGGCAAGAUAAUAGAGUAGUAUUUUAUAAGUAACUUCUAUCCUUCCUGACUUGAACUUUUGAAAAUGCUUGUUCUUUUUGGGGAUCCUACUUAACGACUUCAUGCCCUACCCUGUGCUUGAGCAGUCAGCCACCUAUCUUAGUAAACUAUUAUUUCAUUGCACUGUUAAAUGGAGUGAGUUAAAAAUAAUUUGCAAAAUAUUUCAUUUAUUUCCAAGAAAGUAGUUUAGGUCCUGGGAAAAAUACUAAAAGAAUCAUUUCCUUCCUCCAUGCAUCUUUAGUGUCCACUGCUGGCUUCUUAGUACAUACAAAAUAAACUGGCUUCUGGGAGGUAUUUUAGCUUAUGAUCAGGAUCCCUUGGCUGUGAUUCCUCAUGAAAGGUUAAGUUUUUCAUGUUAGUAUCUGUGUUAGUAUCUCUUUUCAUGUAAUAAUGCAUCUUGCUACCUUUACCACAAAGGCAGAAAAACUUUAUUCAGCUUUAAUGACCUGUUUAAUAGGGUAUUUUAGAACAGAGGAAAAAAUGUUGAACAGAUGUUAAAAAAAAAACAACCCAAGCAUCUCUAGACUGUAACCUGUUUUUCAGUAAAUAAAGCUCUCUAAAUCAGAA